AUACUACUGUAUUGUCAGCAUCCAUAUCAGCACUGAUCCAAAAAUAUUAUUUUCCCUUGAAAGAUGAGUCCUCACUCCUUAACUAUAGUAAGAAUAAAAAAAACUCUUAACGACAUCAUCAAUGAUUGGUGCGCAGGAAGCAUGUAAAGGUCUUGUUGGAACUCACGAUUUUAGCUCCUUCAGGGCAGCUGGUUGCCAGGCAAAGUCACCUGUGAGAUCUUUAGAUGAACUAAAUGUUACUGAAGUACCAUCAACUCCAUACUUUCCAUCUAUCACGGAGAGGGCGUGGAGUAACCUAAACAAUGGAGAUCCUCUCGCAUGUUCCGGUCAACCCAAGACUGAGACUGUUGGUGUUGCUACCAAUGUUGAAGAAGUGAACGGGUCUACAGAUGGUGAUUCUUUUGGUGCAAGGAGACGGCACCGCUGCUAUGUAGUUACAGCGCGUUCCCGCGGUUUUCUGUACCACCAGGUUCGACUGCUUGUAGGAGUACUAAAAUGCGUAGGCACUGGAGAAUUGACGGUUGCAGACGUUGAACGAAUCCUGGAGGAGAAGACAGUGGCUGCAACCAAACCCAUGGCUCCUGCUUCUGGUCUAUAUCUUGCCCGUGUCAAAUACGAGUUUCCGUGAAGACUGAAGUUCACUUCAUUUCCGCAACAAUGGGUGAGGAGUCACCAGAAUGGAUUCCGUUCAGAAGCUGAAUCUUAUAUACUACAGUUCCGGACGCCAUUCGAAUCUUUCUUACAUUAAUAUAUUAUAAAAUGUUCAAUUUUUCUUCUACUUUUUUACCAUAAUUUCCAAUAAUAAUUUUCUAUUUUAUU